AUGGAUAGUAAAGUCUUAAUUGCGGGUCUCAUUGUGGUGCUUACUACUUUAAGUCUAUUGCUAUUCCAAUAUAUCAGAAGAGGUAAUGCUAAUCCUAUUAAAGUAUCUCAAAGUAACACACCAGCCGUUCUUUUAGCAGGACCUUCUGGAAGUGGCAAAACAGCACUGUUCACAUUGAUAACCACUGGCUCCAUAAGAAAUACAGUUACCUCUCAACAAAUUAAUAUCGAGCGUAAUUUCAGACCAUCAGUAAGUUUGAUAGACUACCCAGGAAGUACUAAACUGCAUUACAAAUUAAUCGAAGAUAUUAAGAAUAAUGACCGCAUCAAAGUUAUAGUAUUCGUGAUGGAUGCUACAACUGAUCCAAAGGAAUUAGACACCACUGCCGAAUUUUUGGUUGACAUUUUGAAUGUCAGCGAGGCUAAAUCUGAACCAAUUGACAUAUUGAUAGCGUGUAAUAGAUCGGAGUCUUUUACAGCAAGACCACCUUUAAAGAUUAAAGAGGCAUUAGAGAAAGAAAUUGGUAAAAUUAUUCAAAGGAAAAAGAAAUCUCUAGGAAAAGUUAGUAAGGAUAUUGACGAAGACGUUGAAGAUCAAGAUGAUGUGGCGUUAUUCAACGUUAAUACAGAAAAUUUUAAGUUCAGUAUGUUGGAAGGAUCUGUAGAUGUAGUAGCUGGUAGUGUUCACAAAAGGAACAUUGGCAAGUGGGAAGAAUGGAUCGAAAAUCAUUUUUAA